AUGAAUAGAGAAAUAAAAUGCACAAUUCUCGGAGACUCAGAUAUAGGCAAAACUUGUAUGGUCGCCUCUUAUACUGCCAACACAUUCCCUCAGGUCUACACUCCUACAAUUUUAGAUAACUAUAAUGCUCUUGUAAAUGCUGGAAGUGAAGUAGUCACGUUAAGUAUUUAUGACACAUCUGGGAGAAGAGACCAAGAGCAUGCAGAUUUUAGAAGGCCCAUAAUAAAGGCUUCAGAUAUCAUUAUUGUCUGCUACUCUAUGAUUUCUUUACCUAGCCUUCUCAAUGUAAGAGCUUAUUGGUAUCCAGAAAUCCAAGAAAAUAAUGUAAAUCAUGUCCCGGUUAUUUUAGUUGGAACACAAAAAGACCAGAUCAAUCAUUAUUCAAUUGAAGCUAGAAACAAUAGACAAGAACCUGCCCCUGAUAAUAGAGCUCAGCAUCUUUGUGCAGAAGUUGGCUUUUAUAGUUGGCUACCUUGUAGCGCACUAACUCAGGAAGGACUUAAACAAGUUUUUGAUGAAGCAAUCAAAGUAUGCCUAAAAAAGAAUUCUCCUAUGGUAAGGAAAAAGAAAAAAACAAAUAAAAAAUGCUGUGGACUGUAA